AUGCAGAACGACGGUGACAGCCAACAGCAGCAAGAGCUGCAACAGUCAUGGACAGGGAACGACGCCCUCUCUGAAGCCAUCACCAUUGAUCCCGCCACCGUGGGACUUACAGGAAGAAGUUUUGAGGCUGCCGCCAUGGAUCAUUUGAAGCCUGUGGUUGGAAUGAUGUUUGAUACACUUACAGAUGUGGAGAAAUUUUACAAAUUGUAUGCACAUGAAGCUGGUUUCUCUGUUCGUGUUGGUCAGCAUAAGAAACAAAAUGGUGAUAUAUUAUUCAAGCGGUAUUAUUGUUCAAGGGAAGGGUACAGAAAGGAGAACAUAAAAAAUGUUAUUGACGAAUCCGAAAAAAAGAGAAAGACACAUAAUGUGAUGGAAACCAGAUGUGGUUGUGAGGCACAUAUUGUUGUCAAGCUUGGCAGUGAUAAGAAGUAUCGGAUAGCUUCAAUGGUUGAGGAGCACAACCAUGGUUUUGUGUCACCAGAUAAGAGGCAUUUGCUAAGAUCCAACCGUAAUGUUAGUGAGAGGGAAAAGAGUACCUUGUUCAGUUGUCACAAGGCUAGCAUUGGCACCUCACAGGCAUAUAGACUUCUCCAUGUUAGUGAGGGUGGGUUUCAGAAUGUUGGGUGCACGCUGAGAGAUUUGCAAAACUAUUACCGUGACCUCAGGAGCAAAAUCAAAGAUGCAGAUGCACAAAUGUUUGUGGCACAACUUGAGCGAAAGAAGGAAGUAAAUCCUGCCUUCUUUUAUGACUUUAUGGUGGACGAACAAGGACGACUUGUUCGUGUGUUUUGGGCAGAUGCCUUAUGCAGGAAAAACUAUAGUGUUUUUGGUGAUGUGGUUUCUGUAGAUUCAACAUACACCACUAACCAGUAUAACAUGAUUGUUGUGCCAUUUACUAGAGUCAAUCAUCACUUGCAAAGUGUUUUCCUAGGGGCAGCAUUCUUGGCAAAUGAAAAGAUCGAGUCAUAUGAAUGGUUGUUUAACACAUUUCUGAAGGCUAUGCGUGGAGUACCACCUCAUCUAAUCAAAACAGAUGAAGAUGCAAGCAUGAAGGCUGCUAUUGCUCAGAUUCUACCGGAUACAACUCACAGACUUUGCAUGUGGCAUAUUAUGGAAAAGGUACCUGAGAAGGUCGGGCCCUCUAUAAGAGAGGAUGAACAGUUCUGGGAUAGACUACACAUGUGUGUUUGGGGCUCCAAGACUGCAGAUGAUUUUGAGUCACAGUGGAAUUCUAUCAUAACAGAUUUUGGACUCAUGGGAAAUGAUUGGUUUUCCACAAAGGAACUAUUCUUUGAUGAAGAAGGUAACCUGCUAGAUGAAAAGCCUGAAGAUCCUAUGGAGGUGGCAAUGCGGAAAAAGAUUUCAGAUUCACGGAACCGGUUUGAAGAUCUCAUCCAGAUGGCCAAGAACUCUGAACAAGGGAUGGACUUUUUUAUUUUCUAG